GCUCUGUUCCUGAGAGGGAAAUCACGACGGUAUUUUGGGGGGUGCACUCAUUAAAUGCUGCAUAAUCUCGUGGACAGUGGAGCAGCUGCAGGAGUUGCUGUGAUUUUUUUUCCCAGAAAGUUUUCUUUUUUUUGUAUUUGUUUUCAUUUUCAUUUAAUCACAUUUUCUUUGGGGGUCUCUUGAGGAGAGCAGAGAGGCUGAGAGUUUCCAAUGGGAUGCUGCUGCUGCUGCUGCUGCUGAUGAUGAUGUGAAUGGGCUGAUCCAUUGAUCCAUUGAUCUUAGAUUGUUGUGGCUGUUACAGAGGGCGCACAGUCCUGCAGAGAAGUUACAAACGGUCCCGGGUUAAGUUUUUGUUCUUUAACUGACACAAGUGUGAAGGAAGUAUGUGCAUGGUGUGAAACCCCUGCACUAGUUCUUUCUUCUUCGUCGUCUUGAUUUCAUCCGUCAGCUGCAUCGUGCGCAUCGGUGCGCCUUCAGUGACCCACGCGCGUCCCGUCUCCUCUGUGUCGCGUCAUGUGGAUUACAAUUGUUUUGGCGUGUGCUGUGGCAGCGGCGCGUCCCGGCGGCAGCUGGGGAUGUGAGCUGGCCCACGACUGGAGACCCCAGACAGAAGCGUGCCGUGCUGAGCUGGCCGAGAUUAUAGUCUUUGCCAAGGUGUUGGCGCUGCACAAGGAGUCGUACAGUGUGUACAACUACCUGCCGUGGCAGCACGACACCGACCUGCUCUACUCAGCCGAGAUAGAGCUGCUGUGCGACCAGGCGUGGGGCAGCAUGCUGGAGGUCCCCGCCGGCUCCAGGUUUAAUGUCACUGGCCUGGGAUACUUCCCCUGCUUCACCUACAGUGUCACCAAAAACAAUAACUACUACUUCUUCCUGAGGAUGGAUGAGAACUACAAUAUUGUCCCUCAUGGAGUGAACUUCCAGGACCCCAUCUUCCCUGACACUGCAGACAACCAUCGUGCAUUUUCCAGCCUCUUCCAGUUUUCCAACUGCACGCCCGGCACUCAGGUCCACAGCUUCACCCCGGAGUGGGAGGCUCAGGAGGACAGCAGGUUACUGUGCUCCACAGUGCAGAAGGCUCUGUUUGAGGAGGAAGAGAUGGUGAGGACUCUCUCACAGAAGGUGCGCACCUUGGAGAAAGCCAACGGCCACUUGCGGGAAAAGGUGAAGACCAUGAAACGUCUGCUGCGUCAGGCCCAAAGAGAAACCACGAAGGAACAGCAGACCCUCAACCAUAAACAAAUCUACGAGUCAAAGACACCCCAGACUCACCCGGAUCAGGACACCACCCAGGACCAGAAGAACCCGUCCCUGAAAAAGGUUGUCACCAAGAAACUAAAAAAUUAGACAUUGAAUUUCUUUCAUUGUAUGUAAAACACUUUUUGCUCCCAAUGAGGCAUCAGCGACAAACAGACUGACAAGAUAUUUGGGUAAAAAACUGGGGGCGGUGAUAACAACAACAAGUAGCUGAUUAGUUUAAACCAACAUUAGAUUCUUAUCAUUAACCUAUUUAAUAUGUUAACUUCAUUUCCUGGUGAAACUGACUGGUGCCAUUACAAAUAUCAGCUACAAAGAUGAUUUGUUUUUCCUGAAGUGAACUGUUAUCUUCUCACAUGCAGUAGCUCAACUGGAUAGUUUUGAAUAGUCGUAAUUCUUUCUUUCAAUAGUUGUGAUUUUUUUUCUGUGCUGGACACAUUACACAUUCUCUAAAUGUUAUAGUAAAUCCAUUUCUUUUGUCAGAAAUAUGUUCAAUAAAAUGCUCCAAAUAAUUUUUUAGAGAAUUUCUUUUCUAAUCUUCUAAUCUUGACAAGCACAGGACCAUGUACGUGUGCUUGGACAAUAUGAAAUUCUCAUAUCAGGAUUAUUUUAAGCAAAAAAUAAUUGCGACGGACAAUUUCUAAACUUCUUAAAUGGUCCUUUAACACACUGAAAUCACUUUAAUGUAGUAUAUUUUGGUAAGAGACAACUAUGUUUUCUUGCAUUGCAGAUCCAAAGACAUGCCACAGUGAAUCCACUUUAUUUUAGCAGGAUACAAUCACAUUAGAAGAUAGAGGGAGAUGGUGUCAAUAACAUAAAUACCAUAUUGGGCUGUGGCCACAUUAAUGAACACAUUAAUGUAAUCAGUGCAGUUAGCUCCACUCUGCUGUCAAAGAAAAUUAAAUGGCUGUUAGGUGGCUAUAAAUAGCUAGCGUACGGCUAAUUCUCACAGUGGGCUACAUUUAUCAAGCUAAUGCUAACAGCUUGCUAAAGUUAGCAGCUAACAGCUCAUACUAACAGCAGGGUACAGUUAGCCAGCUUGGUUAAAGGUAGCUUUAUUUAAUGGUGACCAGAACACUAUUUAGACAGAGGUAACUACCUUCGUCUGGUUUUCAUUAAUUAGUUUAAAUUAAUCAUACCUUGACAAACUUUUGCAAAGGAUACGUUUUUUUUGUUUCCAGAGCGUUUUUUUUCAACUUCUGCAACAUCCGUGUCCAUUCAUAUACUAAGUUGUACUGAAGGACAAUGUCAUUUUUGUGCUUGAAAACAUGGUGCUGAGCACCUACUGAACCCAGUCAGUCAGCCUGGCGUGGUACCAGGCUGGUUUUUUCUUUCUUUCUUUCGGUGUCAGAAAUAAGAGUUUGCCUCUUGAAGACUUUCUGCAUUUGCUUGUUUUUUUAUUCGUUAUUUUUGCUUUCUCUUAACUAUAAACAUCUGGUUUGCUUUGCCAGCAGCAUAAUCAUUUGUGUAACAGUUAUGGAAGUUUUUGUUUUUGUUUUUGUUUUUACAUUCUGUAUAUAUUAAUAAAUGAUAUUUUAGAAAACGUU